GUUUAAUAAGUGUGUAUUCGUAUAUGUGGCUAUAUUUUGUAGAAGCAUUCUCUACCACCAAAUCUUAAAACAAUUUUUUAAAAACAAAAAUCAAACUUUCUGCCAAACAUGUGGUUUGCAAAAUUCAAUGACUGUGGAUUAAAAUAAAAUAAAAUAUGGAAUCCUGGAAAUCGAAAAAACCCAAACGGCAAACACCAAUGGAGUGAGUACCAAACCUCAAUUGAUGGAUUCCUAAAAUUGAAUUCAAUAUUCUAUUCCCCACAACAUCAUCUUCGUCUCCUUUUCAUUUCAAUCUCACAAUUAACUUCAAACUACUUCAAUGGAGAAAGCUAAACAAACGGAAAUUCCAAAACAACGGCGUAUAGUCUUGGUCCCAUGUCCGUACCAAGGCCAUAUAACUCCGAUGCUUCAACUCGCUACUUUCCUCCACACCGUCGCCGGUUUCUCCAUUACAAUCGCUCACACUCGCUUCAACUCUCCCAAUGCUUCUAACUUCCCGCAUUUUCAAUUCGUUUAUUUGGACGAUGGAAUCGCAGCGCAGGAAGCGAUUCCGACGGAUUUGAUUGCGGUUCUAUUGGAACUCAAUGUUAAUUGCAGAGAUAGUUUCGAAGCUGAAAUGUGCAAACUGAUGGCAGCUGAGGCGGAGGAUUCUAGUGAGGUCAUCGCCGGUGUUAUUCAUGAUGAGAUCAUGUUCUUCUGUGAAGAAAUUGCUAGUGAUUUGAAGCUGAGGAGCUUUAUUUUGCGAACUACCUCUGCUGCUACUUCUUUGGCUCGAAUGGCUCUUGUUCGCCUCAAUGAUGAUGGGAUGGAUCCAAUACCAAAGUUGCAUCCCUUGAGAUUCAAAGAUCUCCCAAUCUCACUAACAGCAGACUUCACCAAAUACUCAAGAUUGAUGAAAAAGACGUACAAUAUGGAAACACCCACCACAGCCAAGGCCAUCAUCUGGAACACUAUGGAAUGGCUCGAAGAUUCAAUCAUGGCUAAAAUCAGAAACAAAUCCACAGUCCCAAUCUUUCCCAUCGGGCCUUUACAUCGAAUUAUCUCUGCACAAACGAGUGUACUCAAAGAGGAUUUCAACUGUUUAUCAUGGCUCGACGAGCAAGCAGACAAUGUUGUUAUCUAUGUCGCCAUGGGGAGCAUAGCUUCAUUGAAUGAGAAGGCAUUUGGAGAAAUGGCAUGGGGGCUAGCCAACAGCCAGCAACCAUUCUUGUGGGUGGUUCAACCAGGAGCAAUUCAUGGCUCAGAGUGGAUCGAGGCAUUGCCUAAAGGUUUUCGAGAGGCAAUUGGAGGGAGAGGAUAUAUUGUGAAAUGGGCUCCUCAGAAACAAGUGUUGGCACAUAGGGCUGUUGGGGGAUUUUGGAGCCAUUGUGGAUGGAAUUCUAGUAUGGAAAGUUUGAGUGAGGGAGUUCCUAUGUUGUGUAGUCCAUGUUUUGGGGAUCAGAAAGUGAAUGCAAGGUAUCUAAGCUAUGUUUGGAGGGUGGGGAUUCAGUUGGAAAAUGGGUUGGAGAGAGAAGAAAUUGAAAAGGGAAUUAGAAGACUAAUGGUGGGAGAAGAAAGUAAAGAGAUGAGAGAAAGAGCCAAGAAUUUCAAGGAGAAAAUUGAAGCCUAUGUCCUUAAGGUAGAAGAUCAAGGCUACUCACACACUUACUUGACAGAGCUUGUUAGCCUACUAUGUUCGUCUUGAUCAUAACUAUUGAUGAGCUACACCAUUAAAGUUUCUUAUUAUAUCUUUUAUUUGUAAACUUUUAUGAUGACAUUUUUACGAUAUCAUCAUUGAUUUAACAAAACAGACCUUGUGCUCACCUCUUCAUGUGGAAUUGAAAAUCUACCUACCACUAUCUAAUUGGAUUUUCAACUAUCUUUCCACAUAAAAUUGUCAACCAUCUUAUGACAGACAAUCUAUCAAAGUGAUUGCAAGGUAUUUAAGCUAUGUUUGGAGGAUGGGGAUUCAGUUGGAAAAUGGGUUGGAGAGAGAAGAGAUUGAAAAGGGAAUUAGAAGACUAAUGGUGGGAGAAGAAAGUAAAGAGAUGAGAGAAAGAACCAAGAAUUUCAAGGAGAAAAUUGAAACCUAUGUCCUUUAGGUAGAAGAUCAAGGCUACUCACACGCUUACUUGACAGAGCUUGUUAGCCCAUUAUGAUCAUAACUAUUGUUGAGCUAGACCAUUAAAGUUUCUUAUUAUAUCUUUUAUUUGUAAACUUUUACAAUGACGAUAUGAUAUCAUCAUUGAUUUAAUAAAACAGACUUUGUGUCCACCUCUUCACGUGGAAUUAAA